AUGCACCGAGCGUCGCAUGGGCCGUCGCCCCCGUUGCACCACCCCGUGCCGCAACAUGUUUCCACAGUCCCCCAGCUGCGAUCGCCUCCGCCACCGCCGGGCUCUGCCUCGUCGUCGCAGCAGCAGGGCUACGGAGGGACUCCCUAUCAGCAGCAAGGCGGCUCCGUCGGCAACGUCUUCGGUGCAUACGGCCAGUUCAUGAACGACCCGACCGCUCAGGUUGCCGCCCAGUUCGGCCAGACAGCUUUCAAGCAUGGCCAGGAAUACGUCGAGCAAAAUUUUGGCCGCUUCGUCAACGUCUCGGCCCUGAAACACUACUUCAACGUCUCCAACUUCUACGUCGUCAACAAGCUGUUCCUCGUCCUCUUCCCCUGGCGGCACAAGCCAUGGUCCCGGAAGCAGACGGUCGGCGCCAACGGCCAAGAGGGCUGGUAUCUACCACCGAGGGAGGAUAUCAACAGCCCCGACAUGUACAUUCCAGUCAUGGCCUUGGUCACCUACAUCCUCCUCUCGACCCUCAUCGCCGGGCUGAGGGGCCAGUUCCAGCCGGAGCUGCUCGGCUACACCGCCACCAUCGGCAUGGUCGCUGUCAUCGUCGAGAUUGUCGCCCUGAAGCUCGGCUGCUACCUCCUCAGCAUCUCCAGCCAAUCCCAGCUGUUUGAUCUCAUUGCGUACUCCGGAUACAAAUUUGUCGGCAUCAUCGUCACCAUCGCCGUCUCCGAGCUCUUCAGUGGAGCCAAGGGCUCCGGCGGCUGGAUCGGCUGGCUUGUGUUCUUCUAUACCUUCCUCGCCAACUCCCUCUUCCUGAUGCGAUCGUUGAAAUACGUUCUUCUCCCCGAGAACUCUGGCAAUACGUCGGGCCCGAUGCAGACCGAUUCGCGCGCCAAGCGCAACCAACGCACCCAGUUCCUCUUCUUUUACUCUUACGUCGUUCAGCUCUUCUUCAUGUGGCUUCUGACCCGAUCUUGA